AUGGGUCGAAAACAAAAAACAGCGAACCAAAUUCUUAUCACAAAUCCAAUUCCAACUGAUUCACAAAGAAUUGCUCGAGUUUUAGGUGGUCGAGGAAAAAAUCUUCAUGAAGUACAACUUCCGGAGGGUAGUUAUGUAAUAAUAUUACCAAUAGAGUCAGAAAAAAGAGAAAAUAAAAUAUGGGGAGAAAUUGUCCAUGUUUUAUUUCCUGAACAUGUAAAACAUCUAAAAUCGGAAGGAAUAUGGCCGGUUGAAUUUGAAGAACAAAAAGAUUCUUCUUCUAGAGGGGAAACGAUUGAUGAUGAUUCGGAUGGACUUUUUAUUUAUCAAGAAGAUCUUGAAUAUAAUUAA